UACUGUGUGAUUGAAAAAAAAAAUAUAUAUAAAUCAAUAUCAAUCAAUACUGAAUUAAUUAUAUGAGAGUUAUAAGUGGAAGUUUUUGUAAAAUGUCAGAUUAUACGAAAUGCUUGGUUUGUUAUACAUUUUUAUGGUCGCUUGACGCUCGGAAGGUAUCUUUCGAAUGUGACAGUGUACCGUUCCUUCAAAUUUGACGAAUUUUUUACGAAAUGUUAUAAGCGCUGUAGCAAUGAACUUUUGCUCCUGUGAAGCUUCAUAAAUGUUAGAAACAGGAUAUCCAAAGACUGAUGUCUCAUUUACUAAUUAGAAUUGCCAAUUGAUAUCGAUGAACUAAGGUUUCUCGGUAUUAAUUCGAUAGUGUUAGCCCAUCCCACUCACCUCGUUAGAAUGGAGCCAGCCGACAAAGUUCCUUUGCCAUUAGAACCCAUAAAAUCAAAUCAAGUUGAGGAUAGACGCUUAUGGGUAGGCAAUUUAGAUUUAAGAAUUAAUGAGUACCAACUCCUCAAACUUGUCCAAAAAUAUGGCACAAUCGAAAAGUUCGACCUGUUAUUUCAUCGAUCUGGACCUCAAGCUGGUCAACCAAGAGGAUAUGCAUUUGUUACCUACAAAACAAUUCAAGAUGCCAAAAUAGCAAAAGAUGCUUUACAUAACUUAAAAGUUGGAGCUAAGAAUAUUAUUGUGAGAUGGGCACACAGUGUUACUGAGUCGGAAAUGGAUAAACCAAAGCCAAAAAUAGAUAUUCCUGCCUUAGCUGGUGCAAAGAAGGAAGAUAAGAAGAUAAGCCGUGAAACAGCGAUUCAAGCAAUUGAAGCGAAACUUAAAUUGAUGAAAGAAUCAGAAGAGGAGUUUGAGCUGAACAAACCAUUGGAAGGAUCGCCAGUUAUACAUCUCUAUCAAAAAGCAGAAAAUCAAAAACCGUCCACUUCAACACGUUAUAAUCGUGGAAGUUAUCACCAUCAUAAUAAACCAUACAGUCGUCAUAAAUUAAGAAGAUAAUUCGUAUAUCUACGUGUAUUUUUUUCUUUAUUUUAUUUAACAAACAAUAGCUUAUUUUAUCAUAUCUAUUUCAUGAUUACAUAAUAUUUAUAUUAUUUAUAAAUAAUCUAUAUUUUUUUAUAUAUUGUCCAUUAAACGUUCCGUUCUACUGUAUUCAAAAAUAUAUUUUGUGCUGUAAUGCUCAUAUGUUCAUAAGCGAUGAAAAUGAUAAAUUAUAAUUUUUUAAUUGCAGACAGGUAAAUACACUGAUUCCUAUAUAAACGAACAAAUACAUGAAAUGUAUUAGAGCCCCGAAUAUGUUAAGUUAGCCGUAAUGUAGUGCUUAAUAUAUAUCUACUGACGUGUGUAUUUUCAUAAAAUAUGGAAGUCUCUUUUGUAAUAAAAACAUGUACGACAUGCUUUGUAACAAAUC